AUGUCAAGCGACCCUGGUAACAAGGACCACGUGGAAACCAUGGACAUCGAUCUCUCCCUGAUUCUUGCUCACGAGAGUCUAUCGAAGCUUGCACAUUGCGUGACCGGCGCCAGAGCACUAACGCUUGCUCACGAUGGACACGGUCUUGCCGAAAGGGAAUAUGUCACGCAGUUCACUCUGCUUCGGCACCUUACGCUAUCGGGCGUGACGUUGGCGAGCAUCACAUCCCUACUAGAGCCUCAAAGCGACUCGUCUUCCGGCCUGCUAUUUCCCUCGCUGCAAUCCAUCAGUAUAGGGGGCUGCGUCGUAUGGGACUUGAUCUCGACGUCGCCCCAAUCACCGGGGACCGGCGUUCUACGCUUGCGACGCGCGCUACAGUCUCGAGCCGGCCGCGGUUAUCCCGUGAACCCCGUGCUCGUUCACAUCAAGGAAGAACUUGAGUUCAUCCAGCGUGAAGACUGGGAGCGCACGAGCUGCAGCAAGUAUCUUCACAACGUUGGGACGAUCGUACGCGAACGGCUGGAGGACUUACACGCUAUCGAAGGGCUCAGAAUCGUCCCGUAUAAAUCGGCAUACAUCUUGGAUGAUGAUGGCCAGACAGGGAGGCUGGUGGAAUGGUUUGUCUAA